GAAUGCAUUUGAAUGCUGCUGAUUAGCUCGCUGUGCGGCAGGUAUCAUCAGUAUGCGCAUCCGUAUCCGUAAAUGUGUCCACAUCCGUAUCCGCAUCCGUAUCUGAAUGCGUAGUCGAGAAGAGUUCGCUUGGGUGACGCUGACGACAAAUGACACGUACUCACUGGGUGCCUUGGUUUUGGCCCACUCCCUGAGGAGGGCCAAGACCGCCCACCAGCUGGCCGUCCUGGUCACGCCCACCGUUUCGCCGGCGAUGCGCGACAGACUGAAGGAGGUGUACAACGUGGUGCAGGAGGUCAAUGUGCUGGACUCACAGGACGCCGCCAACCUGGCCCUGCUCUCCCGCCCCGAACUGGGCGUGACCUUCACAAAGCUACACUGCUGGCGACUUGUUCAGUUUGAGAAGUGCGUCUUCCUGGAUGCGGAUACACUGGUCUUGCAAAACUGCGACGAGCUGUUCGAGCGCGAGGAACUGUCGGCCGCUCCGGAUGUCAGCUGGCCGGACUGUUUCAACUCCGGUGUGUUCGUGUUCCGACCCAGCGUGGACACCUUCAGCCAGAUCACAGAGUUCGCCGUGAAGAAUGGCAGUUUCGAUGGCGGCGAUCAGGGCCUGCUGAACCAGUUCUUCGGCGACUGGGCGACGGCAGACAUCAAGAAGCAUUUGCCAUUUGUUUACAAUGUGACGGCCUAUGCCUCGUACUGCUAUCUGCCCGCCUUCAAACAGUUCAGAGAUAAGAUUAAGAUUUUGCAUUUCGCCGGCAAGCUGAAGCCCUGGCUGAUUCAGUUCAACUCGGAGACGAAGUUGGCCAGCGUUUCGUCGGACUAUGCCCACGCCCAGGAUCUGAUUCAGCUGUGGUGGAACAUCUUCUGCGAAAAUGUGAUCCAGUCCCUGUCCACCGAAAUGCAAACGCCAGGAUAUGAUAGUGCUAGUGAUCGACCCGCGGGAACAAUGGCCCAAGGGUCCAGGUCCAGUUCAGAGUGCCUUUGCCUAAACAUAAUGCAAACGCAAAGCGAAUUCGCGGCGGAUGAGCAGCAUCAGCGGCAGCAGCAUGAGUUCUACCAGCAGCAGAAGCUGCACCACCAACUGUUGCAUGUCCGCCAGUUCCGCGAUCCUUGGGCAGAUUACUAUGAGAAUCUGGAGAGGGAGCAGCGGGAGCAGGAGCAGCAGCAGCAACAGCGUCACAAUCCCAGCCAGAAUCACAACCAGGACAAUGGGAAUGCGGAUGCGAAUGCAAAUGCAAAUGAACAUGCCACUGAGUGGCAUCAUGACGAUGCAUGCCACCCACCUCCGCCGACGACUCCUCCUCCACCCCAAAGCCAAAUUCAAAUCCAAGCCCACAAUGCCACUGCCAAUGCCGAAGACUUGCCAUCCGUAGAUGUGAAUAGCAAAGAGCUGAACAUUUCACAAACACCUGAAUACGCCUCCUCAAACACUGCCACGCCCCCAGCUACGCCCACGCCCUCGCCCACGCCCACGCCCACGCCUCAUCAUUCCGUGCAUAGUCAGACAGUAGAAAUUGCGACAAACCACCAACAAGAACAUGAAGUUGCAGCCACAUCGCCGCCUGAGGCGGGUCUGGCUGGUGCCCUGUCACAGAUUCGCAUCGGUGAGCAGCGCACUCCCGAGCAGGAGGCCUACGAGAACCAGAUGCGUCGCCAGUGCUGGGAGUCCGGACAGAUCGACUACUCCGGCGCCGAUUCCUUCGAGAACAUCUGGAAGAAGAUCUCGCAGACGCUGGAGGGGAAGAGCGACAAGGAAUCGGAUGAAACUGAUAAUGAUAACGAUAGUGACCCUGCUAACCCACUAAGCUAUGCUCAAUUGCUAAACGAAACCGCCAGCAAACUGCUGCACCCGCCCCAGAAAUCGUUACCUUCGGAGGCGAUGAAAGCGACACCGGCUCCUAAUAACACAGGGAAUGCGAAAGGAGACCGUCUUGACCAGCCACGCCCCUCAACCGCUUCUAACGCUUCAGCCUCCCCAGCCGCCCCCUUGAAACAGAAUCCACAGAUGCGACAGGAGCAACCGCAAUCCCAACCGGAAACGGAAACCAAGCCCGAAUCGGACCCGAAACCGAAACCGAGACCACAACCGCAGCCAGCACAGCAGCAGCACAUCACCAUGCCAACGGGAAGCGGAAACAACAGCAGCGGAAGCGGCGUCUCCAAGAACGGCAAACAGCGGUCCGGCCGCAAGUUCAAAUAGCAAUUACUGAACCUGCUGAUGCACUACAGCUGCCUGCCGCACCUGGCGUGUCGCUGCGGGUCGUCGCACUACCGGCGGCUGCAACUGGAACCCCCUCUGGAAACCGAACCCCAACCCGUUCACGUCUAACCCGACGAUUGACAGACAGAUCCAAGAAAGUACAAAUGCUGUAUAAAUUGCUUACUUAGGGGCUCUUAGACGAGUACAUAAGAUUAAUAGGGUUGGUAGUUAUCAUAUUCAAUUAGAAGUAUGCGACUUUUUCGCUAAAUGCAACGAUUAUUAUCACACUGAAACACAACCCAUUUGAAGACUUUGACUUUAAAGAAAUAAUAUCAAUAUUAAUAUAUUUAUGUGUGUUUCUAAUGUUAUUCGAAAAAUAAGCAAUAUAAUUUUUAAUCAAAUUUAAUAAUUACACAAACAUUACAGAUCGCUUUGAGUCUUCUAAAAUUGGUGUCUAAAUUAGGUAGUCAAUAUAACAUUUUUUGGAAUUUUUGGAAGUCGUCUAAGAGUCACUUGAUUUACCCUAAUGCCAGGCUGCCUUACCGAGGAAACCCAUGCAAUAUCGUAGAUUUAGCUUAGGAUAAGACGAAAGCUAAUACUAGACUUAAGCCGCAAGUGCUUUGGAUAACCCUAGAUGCAGACACACACUCGAGAGCUUAUACCUUAUAUACCAUAUACCAUAUACUAUACACACAUCCACACACA